AUGUCGUUGUUAGUAGCAUUUUGGAUAGGAAUUGUUCUGGUCGGAACUGUGGACGCAUCCAAGUGUUCCGAUUGUAUUGCAAGCGGAAAACAGUGAGUUUUGAGAUCGGAAAUUUUAGUUUAACAAUUUGUUUUAGCUGGUGCGUAACUGUCAGUGAAUGCGGAUUCUCGCCAUGUCCCACUUCCAUCUCGGUACGUUUUUUUGUCGCAAAAUUGAUCUCUGCUCGUCUCGACUCCAACCCCAACUAUUAUCGAUGUCGCUGAUGACCACGUGUCUAUCAUCUUCUUGUUUCUAGAAAUUGUUAAACUGUCCGGAACUGCCUGAUAAGGCACAUGCCUACGAUGACGCGUUCGUUCGGUCAAAGGUCCUUGUGACGACGGCGGCCGCGUUUAAUAGCAAUCCGCAGAAAUGCUUCAGGUACGUGUUUCGGAUGGAUAGUGCUUUCUUUUUGUAGUUGACAAUAUUUUUGUAGAAGCUCUCUGAAGACUACUGUAGCUCCGGAAAGUUAGAAUCGAUCCGCGCUAAACGAAUCCUUACUUCCAAGAGCUACAGUACUCUUGGGAGUGGUUGUUCAAAGAAGGUGUAAACUGAGAAAUUAUAGUACUAGACAUAAACUACAUUUUGCUAGUUGACAAUAUUCUUGUACAACCACUCUGGAGACUACUGUAGCUCUUGGAAGUUGGGACUACUUCAAAGCAUUGACAGAAAGUCCUAACUUCAAAGAGCUACAGUACUAUUCGGAGUGAUUGUACAAAAAUGUUGUCAACUGAGAAACUAAAGUACUAGACGUGAAGAUUUCCCAAAAAAAGUUUCAACCUCUACAGUACCCGUUUUUCUUUCAGUAAUUCGAUGCCAACAAUGACUCUCUCGAAGACCUUCAGUGUGAACUGUUCAGAGGUGGGCCCACAGACGAACUGCUUCGGCUACACCUCUUUCGACACCACCCAAAAAGUGGUGGUCAUGUCGUUCCGUGGAACUCAGGGAUCCACACAGCUCACCGAGGAGAUUCUCGACUUUUUCACGGGGAAGAAACCGUUUUUCGACGACGCCGGCCACAUUUUCACCUAUUUCUACGACGCCUUCUUCUUUCUGUGGAACGCCGGCCUUCAGACGGACCUCCGAAAACUGAAAUACCAGUAUCCGGACUACGAACUCUGGGUGAACGGACACUCUCUCGGCGGCGCGAUCGCGUCGAUCGCCGCCUCGUACGUCGUCCAUUCGGGCAUUUACACGGCCGACAGAGUCAAGCUGGUGACUAUGGGACAGCCGCGGACCGGCGAUUACGCAUUUGCCACGUGGCACGACGCCACAUUCCCCUACUCGUUCCGCAUCGUUCAUCACCGCGAUAUUGUGCCGCACAUUCCGCCAAUGUACGGCGCCGACGAACUCUUCCAUCAUCGGACCGAGAUUUGGUGAGUCUGCGGACGAAAAAUCGAUAAUCAGUGAGCUCUAUUGCGAAAAAUUACUACGACAUUUCAAAUUUCUCGCGCUUUUCUGGCCUCGCAACGAAAGCGCGUAUUUCCCUCGAAUUUGACUCGGUCUCCAGAGCUGGCAAUGCGCAAGUGCGCCCCGCCCAAUAGAGCGAUACAUUGGCGCGAAAUUCAAAUUUUAACAGCAAAAUUUGUGUUUUUUGCCAGAUCAGUCACGAAAAACCGAUAAUUUCUCAUUUGUUUCUUGAUAAACCGAUUAUAUAGGCUAUUACGAAUUUCUUAAGCGCAAGAGCGUCAAAUUUGGUCAAGUCGCAAAUCACAUUUAUCCGUUUGAAGGUUUUUCGCUAAAACUGCGUGAAUUUCAGUUGCUUUUCGGUAAUUUUCGCGGUUCGAGCGCUCAAAAUGCUUGUAUUUACGUGAUUUACCAUUCUCAAAACCAAUUGUGUCUGAAAACGGCCAAGAAAGCGCAAAAUAAGAAAUGCGGUUUUUAGGCGGCGAUCGGCGGCGAAGGCGAAAAAGCAAAGUCCGCGAAAAAUGUGCCAAAACGUCAUUAAUUCUGAGAAUUCGUGUGUUUUCAUGUCGAACAAUCAUUUUUCAUCGCCUUUGACCACAAAAAUCAGAGAAAACCUGCUCAAUUCACGAAAACGCCAUUUGUCCGCCGAUGCCACGCCCAUAUUGUCAGCUCUGGAGACCGUGUAUCGCGCUUUUGCGAAAAAUUACUAUUAUAGGGGCACCGGACAGAAAGGGCGCGCUGUUCGCAAUCUGUCCGAAUUUCUAGGCCGCGAAGUAAUUUUCCACUGAAAACGUGGCCUAACUUUUCAAAAUCGGCCGAGGUCGCUCAAUUUGCACUGCAAAAAGAGUUUCUCAACAGAGCGCCAUUUCUGUGCGGUGCCCCUAUAAUACGACAUUUCAAAUUUCUCGCGCUUUUCUGUAUUUCACUCGAAUUUGACUCUGCGCCUUUAAUUCACUAUCACCAACGCUUUUUCUCUGUCGGAAAUGCAAUUUUUGACGAAAAGCAGCAGAAUUGACCCGAAAACGCAAAAUUUCUGUGGCGCAACCCAUUUAAUCAUUGUUUUUUUUCAGGUACAACAACAACAUGACGUCGGCCGACACGUACCACGUGUGCCCCGAAGCCGACGGUCUCUACUGCAGCAACCGCCAACUGGACUCGUACCCGCCGGACCACCUCACCUAUUUCGACAUCAACAUGCCCGAUUGGGGAGCGGCGGGAUGUCCGCAACUGUGA